AACAUGAAGCUGUCAAGACUUAGGAAGAAUGAGAGUUUCUUUGCACUCAUUUUUCUAGUGAAAAGUUUAAGAUUCGCUCAGAGAAGAAUGUUCUUAAUAGGUCAAAGUUGACAUAUCAUCACAAAGCUGGGUCAAAAUCAUUUAUGUCACACCAAGAGCAAAUUGCAACACAGACUGGAGAGAUGCAAGGUGCAAUUGAUCAUUUUGAAACAGAGUAUAGAAGUACAAAAAAAGGAUGGGACUUGGGAGCAAAGGAAAAAUGGGAUCAAAUGAUAAAGAUGCAAGCAGAUACCACUCAACCUGAUGGAACUCGAACAAUGACAGAUGAGGAAAUUUAUGCAAAAGUUCUCAAAGUCAAAUCAGGCUACAUUAAGGGCUGUGGUUUUGGCCCUAGACCACCACCAUUAAGGUUCUCUCGUUCUUCAAUAAGUGAAAUGUCUGAAAAGAAUAAAGAGUUGUAAGAACAGCUUCAAGAGACCCAACAACUUGUAGGAACUCAACAACAGAAGAUCGAUGCGCAAAAUGAGGUAAUCCAAAGAUUGGAGGAGCAAGCCAAAAAGUUUGAGGAGUUUAUGGCUAAUUUUUCGAGGCAACAUCCAUC